AUGUUAUCAACAGACAGUAGUAGUUAUUUACCCGAGUUGUGUUUGUUUGAACUAUUGUACAGACUUUCCAUUAGGGAAGUGUUGAGAUUCAAGUGCAUCUCCAAACAGUGUCUCUCAUUCCUAUCCGAUCCAUCUUUUUAUGAAGAGUAUUAUUAUCGAGGGUUGGCCUCUCCCAUCACCUUUCUUCUAUCAGAAGUGCAAUUGGUUGAAAGGCACCAUAGCCGUCGUCCGGAAAAACAGGGAUGGGUGUAUUUGACAUUGUCUUGUGAACGUCCGGUUUUGAUUUCGUGUUCUGAGAGACCCGCUCUUUUGAACACUACUUUUUUCUAUGUAGAUGAGAGUGAAACAAGCGGAAUCCUAGCUUAUGAUCCUUAUGUCAAUCCUCAUAAGUUGUGCAUAAUUGAGCUUCCUACUAAUCAUGCAGGGAAUGAUGGUUCAAAGACUUCCCAUUGUGGUGUUUCCCAAGAACGUCUAAAAUGCUUUCAAAUCAUAGGACCAGAUGAUGCUCAUCAAUUCAAGAGCUUAAAAAUAUGGGAGUUACUAGACCACGACAAAUGGUUUCUUCAACAUACAAUUGGAACGAAAGAUAUUGAACUUCCUUCUUUUGAUAUGGGCUUUCAAAUUCAGGGGGUUAACAAGGCAAAACUUGCAUCAUUCCAUCCAUUUAAUCCAGAUGUAAUGUAUUUUUAUUUUUAG